ACCUUUUCUGGCUUGAACACUGGCCUUUUGGAGGUCCUUGUGGAGACCAAAAUUCUGGUUCUAAUAAAGAACUCCAUUCCUGGUAACUGGUUUAGUUCAGUUCGGUUUGGUCUCCAAAUGCAUGGAAAUCAAUGCAGUAUCGUUUAUAAGAGUAGCUGCGCGAACCUGUGUGUUUGCGCGUGUGUGUGUGUGUGUGUGUGUGUCCACAUGGUAAUAUUAUGUGAGGACUUUGUGAAGAUCUGACUGUCAGCGCAGAAAAGGCUGCUGGUGUGUGGGAGCAGAGCACCCCAGCAACUAUAGCCAGUCUUGUUCCAAGUCGCCGACCAUGACGCGCUGGAGCGCAUUAACGCAGGAUAACCACAGUUUGAGAAUAAUUUAGCAAUAUUACGGUGAGAAUAUAACCAUGUUUUAGUGUUCCCCCUGUUGUAAUAUUUGGAUACAAGCAGAGGCCCACUGAGUGGAAGUGGAUUGAGAGAAGAAAAGCCGUGUUCUUCACAAGAGCAAUGAUGGAGGAACAGCGGCAUGUGAACAGCACGGACAGUGAGGGAGAGAGCGUCUCCCCGGCUCCCAGUCUGCUCUCGCCGCCCAUUCGGCCCUUACAGGUCGCUCAGCAGGCACACAGGACCACAAACUUCUUCAUCGAUAACAUUCUGCGACCGGACUUCGGCUGCAAGAAGGAGCACGGUUUGGGCUCACGGGAGCGGCCGCACAGCUCCAGUCGGGAGCGCGUCCACUCGGUGGUUAGCAGGCCGGGCCUUCCCGGGACGCCGUGCCAGGACUCCAACUGCAGCAGUGACAGCACUGCGUCCUCUACCACUUUGGCCAAUCCCAAAAAGAGCAGCGUCGACGGAGCCGCAGCCGCCGUUUCCACCGGGAGCAGCGAGGUGAAAGCCGAAGAGAGGACUGACGGCGGGGCAGGGGAGAACACCUCCUCUUCGCUUGUGAUGCUGAAUGGCACCGCAGCGCCAGCAGCGGACAGCCAGCCGCUGCUGUGGCCUGCCUGGGUUUAUUGCACCCGGUACUCAGAUAGGCCCUCAUCUGCAGGCCCAAGGACACGGAAACUGAAAAAGUCGAAAAGCGGCAAAGAGGACAAGCGGCCUCGCACGGCCUUCACGGCCGAGCAGCUGCAGAGACUGAAGACGGAAUUUCAGGUGAACCGUUACAUCACGGAGCAGCGGCGCCAGUCUCUGGCCCAAGAGCUCAACCUCAAUGAAUCCCAGAUUAAAAUCUGGUUUCAGAACAAGCGGGCCAAGAUCAAAAAGGCCAGCGGCUUCAAGAACGGCCUGGCGCUACAACUGAUGGCUCAAGGACUGUAUAACCAUUCCACCACCACCAUCCAGGACGACAAGGAGGACAGCGACUGAAUGAGCUCACUACCCGCUGCCUACUGACUGUUUCAUUCAGACACUCUGUACACUGUAAAUACAGAUAAUGAAGACAGUGAGGGAAAUCUUGGCGUUUCAUGCUAUUCAUCUCUCCUUGUUCUCCUAUGCGGACGCGACCGAACAAUAGGUACAGACUCCGGGUGAUCUACCGCCGCAAAACCAAAGAUUUGAUUGGGAACCAGAGCCUGGACACUUUCACUGACAAUGUCAAUGACAAUGACAAAGGCAACAUUUCCCCCGUGAAUAAUGUUGGCCAGGUUAACUGCACCUCACUGCAGCUCGUGUUUGCUUUGUUUGUGGAUGACACUACUGUAGCUGCUGCCGCCGCCGCCGCUGCCACCCCACCAUCACCAGACAUCGCUGUUUUAAUAACAGUUUUCAAGGAGCAAAAGAGUUCUAAGAACUGUAAUAAUUACAUGGUCAGUUUUACACAUUUACUACUACAAAAUUAAAUCCUUAAAGGAAACAGUUAAAUAGAUGACUAUGACUGCAAAAUGCCUUCAGGAAUAUCAUAGAGAUACAGUCCGUUUAGUCAAGGCCCAUUCUUCUUCUUCUUCUUCUUCUUCUUCUUCUUCUUCUUCUU